AUGACUUCCUACCCUACUCGCAAGAUCGGUAGCGACCAAGUGUCCGCCAUCGGUUAUGGGGCGAUGGGUAUAUCAGCAUUUUAUGGAGAAACCGAGUCGGAUGAAGAGCGUAUCAAGUUCUUGACAGAGGUGUACAAUCGGGGCUGCACUUUCUGGGACACUGCAGACAUUUAUAAGGACUCUGAGGACCUCAUCGGGAAAUGGUUCAAAGAAACAGGAAAACGCAAGGAGAUCUUUCUUGCCACUAAAUUCGGCUUUUUCUCGCCACACAAGAAGGGUGUCGACGGCCGUCCGGAAUAUGUCCCUGAAGCAUGUGAGACCUCAUUGAAGAGGCUUGGGGUCGACCAGAUCGAUCUUUAUUAUCUUCACCGUGCUGAUCCCACCGUACCUAUCGAGAAAACCGUGGGUGCGAUGGCCGAACUCGUGAAAGCCGGUAAAGUCAGAUAUCUCGGUCUCUCGGAGGUGAACUCGGAGACUCUUCGUCGCGCACAUGCAGUACAUCCUAUCGCGGCCGUCCAGGUUGAGUUCAGUCCAUUCACGCUAGAUAUCAUGGACGAGAAGAUCGGAUUGUUGAAGACAGCGAGGGAGUUGGGAGUAGCAGUUAUCGCGUAUAGCCCGUUGGGCAGAGGCUUAUUGACUGGACAAUACAAAUCCCCAGACGACUUCGCUGAAGACGACUUCCGCCGUUUUGUCCCUCGUUAUUCAAAAGAAAACUUCCCGAAUAUUCUAGCACUCGCAGACAAUUUGAAGAGAGUUGGCGCGAAAUACAAUGCGACGGCGGGGCAAGUAGCGUUGGCGUGGUUGCUGGCUCAAGGAGAAGAUGUACUGCCGAUUCCAGGCACAAAGAAAGUCAAGUACCUUGAAGAGAACUUGGACGCGGUAAAGAUCAAACUGUCGAAGGAGGAUGUCGAGGAGGUUACCCGGGUGGCGAAGGCGAGCGAUGCGAGUCAGGGUGGACUGAGGUAUCCGCCCGGAAUGGCGGAGACGUUAUUUGCAGACACGCCGCCCUUGUAGGCCACCUGGAUAUAAGGAUAAUUGGAACUCCUCCGAGGGCGUACUGCGAGAUAUGGAAAUUGUCCAAGGCAGACGGAUUGUACAU